UUUUGGCAGGUACACACCAAGCUACAUUGGUGCAAACAACAACAGAAAGUUUCCCAUGUUCAGUGUGGCCGUGAGCGUCCCACACAAUAAAGACAAGUUUGAUAUGAACAAAGUCACUGAUGAUGAUGAUGGUGAAGCUGUGAGGACGAAGAUUCUAAACUGUGACGUAUACAUAGGUAACAGAGUGGUGGCAGCCACAGUGCUGAAAUGGCCCAAUGUUCUCGAUCAGUGUCCUAAUGCUCCUGUACAGUGGCCUGUACCAAAAAAAUGUAAUGGAAAGGAGAUAAAGACAUGGGCUGAUAUUGCAGCAUUUUGUGAUGGAGAAUAUAUUAAAAAAAAUCUGUAUCCUCAGGCUGCUCAUGCUGAGUCCCGAACCCUGAACUAUUUCAAAGAAAACGACAAAAUUAGGAAAAACUCCAAAGAUGGUCUGAUGGUUUUCUACGUCCGUGACUCCCCAUGUGGUGAAACAUGUACCAACCCAGGGAAUACUCGGAAUAUUCUCAGUAAAAUACCAGCGAUAAGGAACUGGAAGAAUUAUGUUGUUGUGUUUUCAAAUGUAUUUAAACCUGAUGAUAAUAAUCCUAAUCGUGUGAAUGAACUGCGUGAAUCACUUGAGAGGCUUGGGUAUGCAAUCGCAGAAAAAGGGACAAAGGAGGAAGAUAAAAAGUCAAAUGGUCUCAAGCAUAUAUUCCGAUGCUACAGGCAGCCAAAAAUGGAUGAAAUGAAGUGUCUUAUCUGCAAUACCAAUGGUGCUGUUGCACAUAAAUGUAUUUCAAAUGUUUAGCAACCAAGGGGA